AAAAAAAAAAAAAAAGAAGCUAAAAACCAGAAACCCUAUUACUUCGACGCACUCUCGUCUGCUUCAAUGUCCCUCUCUACACCUCUCCCAGUCUCCCCUUCACUUCCUGACUCCCAUCUGACUUUCCUUCGGCUUCAGCCCUUCCUAAUUACUUCAAUGCAUUUGUUUUCAGGUAUCUUUGAUGUUUAAUUUUAUUUUGUUUUUCUUUCGUUUUUGUUUAUAUUAAAAAGGAAAAUAGGAGAAGAGGAAGGAAACUGAACUGAAAAACAGAGGAGAGAAUGCUGAACUGAGCCCUUGAUUUUCUAAUUCUUCUCUCCCGUCAGGAGUUACGUUAGGCUCUACUAAGUUAUGCUCUAGCGCAUUGCUUAGUUAUUCUUCUAAUCUUCUGUUAUUGAUAGCCUUCCUAUUUUUGGCAAUUGGGUAAUUUUUUUAUGUCUUUUUUUUUUUUCCAAUUUUUCUGAACUUUCCUUAAUUUUUUGGAUUUCUUGUUUACAAAUUCCUUGGGCUGUCUGGGCAUUAGGUGAAGGCUUGGCGCCUCAUGCCGCCCGGCGCCCGGUGCCUUCAGUAACACUGGUAACUAUUAUUGUAGCAAGACUAAACUAUUAUCACUCAGUUAAUGCAGGUUUAGGAUACAUUAUCUGAUGCUGCGGCUUCACGAAAGUUUGGGAACCAUAGCCAGCUCAAGAAACUCAAGGCUUACCGUGGAAAGCUAUAAGCUUUUGCCCUCUUGAUGACUUUGCCAGUUAAUCGGAGCACUACUUGUAAGUAAUUUUCUCACAGUUUUGAGAUCAUAACAUAUUUUAUAUGUAUAUAUGAAGUAGUAAUUCACUUAUAU